AUGUCUACCCACGCAUACUUUAAAUACCGCAUACCCACCCGAACACCAACACAACAAUGUGCUCAAAAGAAGUUGGUACGGCAUAGCGCUCAGAAGAAGCUAGCCAGGCAAGGGCAAGCGGCAGCCGAUGCUUUGCGGUUGCGGUUGGAGAAACAGAGCCACUACGAAGCCAUGGGUCUCGGGCAUACAGCCACAUCCAGCGAUAUAAAGAAGGCCUAUCGCAAGCUGGUGUUGCAACACCAUCCCGAUAAGACGCAGACGGACGAUGAGAUAGUCAAGGCCGAGAGUGACACCAAGUUCAAACGCGUGCAGGCGGCAUACGAAGUAUUGAAGGAUGAAGCUUUGCGCAGACAGUACGACCUAGCUCUCCGCGUACAGCCUACGUAUAUGCGUCCGUCUUAUAGUGCUUCGUCAUCGCGAGACUUCUACACCCCAGACUUCAGCCACCCACCACCCCGGCCCCGCCAAACCCCGUUCGAAGCGGCACGGGGUAAAGGCCGUAAUGGGAAAGGCAGAUCCAGGCGUGCGCCACACUUUUAAUUGGGCUUAUAGACCGCUAGUAGAUAGAGUGUGAGGGCAGCUAAUAAAUACUUGCGUCUCGUGUGGGAGCUGCC